AUGCGCUCCAUCCUGAUUGAUUGGCUGGUGGAGGUUUCCGAGGAGUGCAAGCUGGACACGGAGACGCUCUACCUCUCCGUCUUCUACCUGGAUCGCUUCUUAAGCUUAAUGGCGGUGGUGCGCUCCAAGUUGCAGCUGGUGGGCACAGCAGCCAUGUACAUUGCCGCUAAAUACGAGGAGAUCUAUCCCCCAGAGGUGGGUGAGUUCGUCUUCCUCACCGACGACAGCUACACCAAGGCUCAGGUGCUGCGCAUGUAGCAGGUCAUUCUGAAGAUCCUCUCCUUCGAUUUGUGCACCCCGACUGCUUAUGUCUUUAUCAACACGUACGCGGUGCUGUGCGACAUGCCAGAGAGGCUAAAGUUUCUGACGCUGUACAUAUCUGAGCUGUCGCUGAUGGAGGGAGAAACGUACUUGCAAUAUUUGCCCUCAGUAAUGUCGUCCGCUUCGCUCGCUUUGGCCCGUCAUAUUCUGGGCAUGGAGAUGUGGACGCCGCAGCUGGAGGAGAUCACCACCUACAAGCUGGAGGACCUGAAAACCGUGGUCUUGCAGCUGCGCCACACCCACAAAACGGCAAAGGAGCUCAACACGCAGGCCAUGCGGGAAAAGUACAAUAGAGACACGUACAAGAAGGUAGCCAUGAUCGAUUCAGUUGAGUUGAGCAAGGAGGACAUUGAUCAGCUCUGCCAGGCCUACAACGCCAAGCAGCAAAACGAGAAUCAGCAGCAGCCAGAGAACAACUCUAAAUCGAACGUGAAUUUGUUUUAUAAGUUUUAAGUGUUUUGAGCCUCUGCCAUGGUCAAAUUGUAUUUUUUUAGUGUUUCCAUGUAACAUUUUGUAGUUUUAGAAUUUUAAGUGUACAAAAUAUGGAAGAAUCGCAGUUCGGUGCCAUAAAGCUGGGGUACAAACAUGCUGAACUGGCUGGCCGAUUGGCAAGCUCCCGUAACACGUCCUGGACAAUUUUAUUCGCGCGCCAUAUAGAAGAUUAGUUGCCAGCAAGUAUGCACCAUUUCCAACAUCCAACAUUCACGUCUGCCCACGGUGAGAGCUUGCCACGCCAAGCGUGAGCAGUAGGAACUGCGGCAGUCUAAAAAAAACUGACCGACGACCACCAACAACGAGCUGAACGAACAAGAGGAUCCCGCCCCGGACACCGAACCUAUUUUUGUGCUGCUCAGGCUACCGAUAUUUUAUAUUUUACGUUACCAGCCACAAUCCCUGUUCUCUCUGUAUUUUUAUGUAUUUAUAAACUGAAUCACAUGGAUGUAUACAAUGUGUCUUUAGCAGGAACAGCUAGCUCCGAGAAUUAUUUAACCUAAACAUAUU